AUGAAGUUGGCGACCCAAUUGACGUGGGGAGUAGUGCACCUGCCUCUAGCGCCAGAGGAAGAAGAAGAAAAUAUGGAGCACUCAGAUUUAGUUGCUGAGAUGGUGCAGGUGGAGCACCUUACCACUCAGGAAAGGCUUCAUCUGGCUAGAAGGCGGCGCAUGCAGCAGCUCAAACUGUGGCAGCAGCGCGAGAAGGAGUGGGCGCGGUCGCGGCCGAAGCGCGACAAGAGCAACAAGCGCAACAUAUACUUCAACGACAGCGUAAUGCUGCUCGAGGCGGCGGCGAGGAAUGACAUCGAGGAAGUGAGGAGACUGCUCGCCAGGGGUGUCACCCCCGACGCGACCAACGAGGACGGCCUCACGGCGCUGCACCAGUGCUGCAUAGACAACAACGAGGCGAUGAUGCGGCUGCUGCUCGACCACGGGGCGAACGUGAACGCGGAGGACAGCGAGAAGUGGACGCCCCUGCACGCGGCCGCCACCUGCGGCAACCUGAACCUGGUCAGGGUGCUGAUACAGCGCGGCGCGAACCUGCUCGCUGUGAACGGAGACGGCAACAUGCCGUACGACAUAUGCGAGGAGGAGAGGACCCUGGACGCCAUCGAGAGUGAGAUGGCUGCGCGCGGCGUCACCCAGAGGCUGAUCGACGAGACGCGCGCGGCCACCGAGAUGAGGAUGCUGAUGGACGUCGCCGAGCUGGUGAAGGACGGGCUGGACCUGGACGAGCCGCGCGACAACCAGGGCGCGACGCUGUUGCACAUCGCGUCGGCGAACGGCUACAUAAAGGUCGUGGAAUUCCUGCUUGAGCAUCGAGCCUCCACCGACGUGGUGGACCAUGAUAUGUGGCAACCGGUGCACGCAGCCGCCUGCUGGGGACAUUUAGAAGUAUUAGAGCUGCUGGUUCAGUACGGGGCCGACCUUAACGUGAGGAACAAGCACGACGAGACACCCGCCGAUAUAUGCGAGGAGGGCGAGAUGAGGGGUCGCAUACUGCGGUUGGCAGCCGAGCAAGAGGAGAUUAGGCGGCGGGCCGCUCACACAGCCGGCGAGAGGCUACGCACCGCUCGCCGUUCCUCCUCCACCGCCAGCACGAGCAGAGUGCGAUCAGUCAGACGGACGUCUUUACGUGAGAAGCAAAUGGCAGCGAAAGCGGACGCCAGGGGCGAGGCGAGACUCAGGGAGACGUUCGACUCCGCAGUGGAUGACGAAUUACAAGGUUUGUCUAACGGCGUGGAGAACGACCAGAACACCGCCAACCAGCUGCAUCCCAACGAGCUGACGCACACCCGGCUCUCGAUCAGCUCCACCGCGUCCAACCAGAGCUACGACUCGGGCAACGUCGACUACGCGGUGCCGAAGCACGCGUACAAUCAGCGGGUGCCGUACAAACAGAACGAUGAGACAGAGAGGACCAAUCAGACAGAGAGAACCAAUCAGACAGAGAGGACCAAUCAGACAAAGAUAGCGAAUCCGCUGUUCGGCGUGAACGCCGCCUCCCACUACGCCCCCAGCCCCGUCGUCCAAGAGGCGAGGGUGAACGAGAAACCGGACAGGCCCAACUUGCCGAACGGCGUACGAAAGGCCCCCGAGGGCCAGGACAACGAUGCGUUCAAAAGCGAGGACGCGCUUGACGGUAGGAAAGAGGUCGUAGUGAGCCCCGGUCAGAUCGCGCUAACAGAUGGCAGCACCGCGACCUACACUACAGACAAUAAUGGUAAAAUCAAUGUUCAUGUCACCGUCAUGAUUAACGCAGGCACGCUGGCCGACUUGAAGAAGCAGCGGGCGCAGAUUAGGACCAACGGCAGCCCGGUGGAGAACAGCGUCAGCUCGACGAACAACCACAGCCUGAGCUCCUUGCCCGAGGGUCUGAAGCACGAAGCGCCCGCGCCCAGCAAAGCGCACCCCCAGCCCAACUCCACAGUGCCGAGGUUCACCGGCAACACCAGCGAAGUGGUCGGCGACACCAAGUCCCACCGCUGCUGCGUCAUAAUG